AUAGACAUGCCGGACAAAUUCCCGGAGCCCUAAGAGGCUCGCUGAUUGACUCUGCGGCACAGCGACAGGUAGGUAGGUAAGCACUAACGAUCUUCCAAAAAGACCCUCAAGCUCGCGCACCUCGCACCCGCCACGAACCCACAUCAACAUGGCCCCCUCUCUUUCCAAACCGUCCUUCGAUGUCCUCGUCAUAGGCGCCGGUACCUUGUUCCCCACCCUACUCUCCCCCAUCCCCGCACUGACUAACACCACCCCAUCAGGACUAGCGGGCCUUAUCUCAGCCCAGCGCUACCUCGACGCGCAUCCCACUUCCAACGUCGCUCUUCUCGAAAAAGAAGCCAGCGUGGGCGGCGUCUUCAGCAAACGCCGUCUGUACCCGGGUUUCUACACGCAAUGGACGAUCGGCAUGAGCGAGUUCGGCGACGCGCCGAUGAAGCCGCCGCCGGAGGAGGACCGCAUUGGGGACUGCUACAAGGCGAAGUAUACGAUGGAGUAUCUCGAGAACUACGCGGAGACGAAGAUGCACGCCGGUCGAUCGUUGAAGGAGAGGAUCGCAUUCGGGAUGGACGUUAAGAGCGUGGAGAAAGUCGGUGGGGAAUGGCAUGUCACGUGCACUGACGCGGACGAAGAGACGGCGCUGUUCAAGGCGGAGAGGAUAAUGGUCGCAGCGGGCGAGUACUCAAAGCCCAACAUUCCCGCGUUCCGGCAAAGCAACUUCGACGCGCCUAUCAUCCACCACGCGGACUUCGGCUGCUCGGACAUCCUCUCCGCUCCAAACAUCACACACGUCACCGUCCUCGGCGCUGGAAAGUCCUCGGCUGAUAUGCUGUACGUCGCCGUCAAAGCUGGCAAGAAAGUCACGUGGAUCAUCCGCGUGUCCGGCGCGGGACCGGGUUUCUUCGCGCCCAUAGAUCUACCCACACCCUAUCAGAACGGCCUCGAGGCGGCGCAGACCCGGAUUAUGGGGGCGCUGCAGCCAAACAUGCUGCACAAGAACGGGUGGUGGGUGUGGUUCCUGCACCAGACGUGGAUCGGAAUCGCCAUUGUGACGUGGAUCUUCGGACUGAUAGACAAGGAGGCGAAGAAGCGGGCGAAUUACAGGGGACGACCGCACGUGAAGAACUUCGAGAAGCUGGAGUAUGACCCCGGCAUCUUCUGGCAGAACAACACCGGCGGCGCCCAGCACCACGCCGACUUCUGGGACCUCGUCGCCGCGCACGUAGCCAUCCACCGCGCGGACGUGCACUCUCUCUCGCACAACACCAUCCACCUCCACGACGGCACCCGCGUGCCCUGCGACUUACUACUACUCGGCACCGGCUGGAAAUCCAGCCUCGAUUUCUUCUCGCCAGACCUUUCAGCCUCCCUAGGACUUCCGCACGAUCCCUCUCUCGACGCCCCGGAAACGCGCAAAAAAUGGGAGAGCCUAGAAUCCGCCGCCGACGCAGCGGUCACCACGCGCUUCCCUAUGCUAGCUUCCCCCCCACCACACCCGAGCAAACGCGCCCGCACUACCCCCUACCGCCUCUACAACAACAUAGCGCCCCUUUCCGACAGCAGCAUCGUCUUCGUAAACCACAUGAUCGCCGGGAACAUGCUGACCAACGCCGAAGCGCAGGCCAUGUGGGCGGUGGCCUACUUCGACGGCAACGUCGCCCUCCCGUCCGAGGCGGAAAGGGAAAAGGACGUCGCGACGUGGGUCGCGUAUUGCAGACGGCGGUAUUUGUCCAGCGGGAGGCUGGGGAAUUUUUGUGUUUUUGACUUUGUGGCGUAUGUGGAUAAGCUGAUGGGGGAGAUGCGGUUGGGGAGCUGGUGGAAGGGCUGGGGGAGGGAUGCGUGGGAGGUUAAUCGGCCGGGGGAUUUGGGGAGGGCGUGGCGGGAGUAUUUGGAGAGGUUAAAGUCCACGAGCGGGAUAGAGAAGAGGUGA